AUGUGCACGGGGAAGUGUUCAAAGUGCAUUGGGAUCACYCUCUUCCCACUGGCAGUAUGUGCCAUCGUCUCCAAUAUCCUCCUGUACUUCCCCAAUGGACAAGUACUGCAGCUCAGCGAGAUAACCGAUUUCGUCUGGUUUYUCCAUGGCAUUCUGGGAGCUGGGAUACUGGUUAUUUUGCCGGCAUUCAUGAUGCUGGGAGCAGGUGGAGCAGGAUGUUGCGCUAACAGAUGCAGGAUGCUGCUGUCAGUGAUCCUGUCUGUGCUGGGAUUUGCAGGAGGAGCRUAUUGUGUGGUCAUCUCCUCGCUGGGGCUGAUUGGGGGUCCUCUGUGUGACACAGGUGAUGGACAAUACCUCUACCCUUUCAGGAAUGCCACUCUGGAAAACAAUUACUUGUUCAACCAGACAACAUGGAGUAUUUGCAAACAACCUGAAAACAUUAUCCUUUGGAAUAUUGUCCUUUUCUCUAUUCUCCUGACCAUUGGUGUGAUUGAAGCUAUUCUUUGUAUUAUUCAAGUCAUCAAUGGACUUACCGGCUUCAUAUGUGGCACAUGUAUGAGGAGAAGAAAGACAAACAUUUCUGGAAUGUGAACGACCUGCAAGGAAUGCCAAGACAAGCCCCGAGCUGCCGAGUCAUAUACAAUAAGGAUAGUGCACUGUACUGUAUUUAUGGGGGGACAACAAAGAAAAUCCAAAAUGUUCAGGCAUUUCAUGAGGCAAAAUUAUUUUUUUAUAAAGAAGUCAGGAUGGAAAAGGAAUAGAUCAUUUAGAUCAUAGACUCCACAUUCUCAUCUCUCUAACAUACCUGUUAAAACUCAGGUACUGGUAAACACAUUAAUAUGUCUGGUCCUGACUKCUGUACUUUUGUAUAAGUCACAACAGUCCUCAGAUAAAAGAUCACCACUUGCCCUCUCAUGUAUGUGGGAAAUGGCAUGUUGUUAAUGUGUACAAUUAUCAGCUGCAUGAAGUAGGUACUYUCUGGCUGAUGUAAAUAACCUCCUGUCCUCCCCAAAUCCCACYGUGAGCUCACCCAUCUGUUCCCAUUAAUUUUCUAGGAGAGCACUCACAGAUUUGAAUGAUGAGGAUUGAAAGGAUGAGCAGAGCAUAUAUCGAGCAGUGUCUGAGACACUGCAAAGGCAACUGAGGAACAUGGUUUUCAGCCUCCUUCUGCCACUCUGGAGCCAGAUUCCCUUGUGCCAUGGUUUACUGUCAUGUUUGACAAAGCCCAGUGCACUUCUAAAUYGAUUCUUCAGGAACAUCUGAGAGAUGUGGGAACAUUAGAGGGGCAUUUGAGUCAAUAGAGACAGGAGAGUUUGGAGAAAGAGUUUAGAAAUAUCUGGYUUAACAAAGAAUGGAGAACCUCACCACCAAUUUUGCCUUCAUGAGGCUUUGUAAGAAUUUCACUAACUUCCACACAGGUCAGUAUGGCUGUUCUAGAGUAGARYACACAGAYCA